UGCGAUGGCAGCAGCGGCGCGCCUCCAGGACGACGUCGACCUUGCGCUCGCUGAAGCGACGAAGAAUGACUCUAAGAGAACACAACUCGACAGCAUAGACAAGCAUGAGCUCUCGAGCGUGCACGAUGUCCCCGACGCGCACGAAGGACUGGAGUUCCCGACCGAGGAGGAGCUCGCGACGCUCCCCCGUGUGUCCGACACCCUCCCGUGGGCAUCGUACCUGAUCGCCGCGGUCGAGAUGGCCGAGCGGUUCUCGUUCUACGGCUGCAGCGUCGUCUUCACCAACUUCAUUCAAUGGGACCUCCCCUCGCGCACUGGCGCUGGCGGGAAGGACGGCCAGGCAGGCGCGCUCGGCAUGGGACAACAAGCGUCCACUGGUCUCACAACAUUCUACUCCUGCUGGUGCUACGUUACCCCCCUCCUCGGUGCCUACCUCGCGGACGCGCACUGGGGCCGCUUCAACACCAUCUGUGUCGGUGUCGCGGUUGCCAUGGUCGGACACGUUAUCCUCAUCGUCGCCGCCAUUCCGGGCAUCAUCGAGAAGCAGACAUCGUCGCUCGCGUGCUUCGUCAUUGCUCUGGUCAUCAUGGGACUCGGUACGGGCCUCUUCAAGGCCAACAUCUCCCCGUUGGUGGCCGAGCAGUACACGAAGAACAAGCUCUUCAUCCGCGUGAAGUCCGAUGGCUCGCGCGUGAUCGUCGACCCCGCGUUCACCGUAUCGCGCGUGUACAUGUACUUCUACUUCUUCAUCAACGUCGGCUCCCUGAUCGGUCAGAUCGGGAUGGCGUACUCGGAGAAGUACGUCGGAUUCUGGCUCGCGUAUACGCUCCCGACCGCGGUGUUCUUCCUCUGCCCCCUCAUCCUCUUCUUUGGCCGCAAUCGCUACGUGCGGUCCCCGCCAACAUCGUCCGUACUUGCGCGCGCGCUCAAGCUUUGGGCACUUGCUUCGCGCGGGCGGUGGUCGAUCAACCCGGUCAAGACGUACAGGAACUUGCGCGCGGACGACUUCUGGGAGAACGUCAAGCCCAGCCGGCUGCAGACCAAGCCCUCAUGGAUGGACUUUGACGACCUGUGGGUCGAUGAGGUUCGCCGUGGCUUCAAGGCGUGCGCCGUGUUCCUCUGGUUCCCCAUCUUCUGGCUCUCCUACAACCAAAUCAACAACAACCUCACCUCGCAAGCGGCGACGCUCUCCACACACGGUGUCCCGAACGACGUUCUUUCCAACCUCGACCCCUUCGCCAUCCUCAUCAUCAUCCCCAUCUGCGACGUCAUCGUCUACCCCUUCUUCAAGGUCAUCGGCUUCCGCUUCACCGCGCUGCGCCGCAUGGCGGCCGGCUUCGCGUGCGGGUGCAUGGCGAUGAUCUGGGCGGCGGUGCUGCAGCACUACAUCUACAAGACGAGCCCGUGCGGGUACUACGCGAGCGAGUGCGAGGACGCGGACGGGAACAACCUGCCCUCGCCGAUCAACGUGUGGUCGCAGACGGGCGCGUACGUGCUCGUCGCGACGUCGGAGAUCUUCGCGUCCAUCACGGGCCUGGAGUACGCGUUCACGAAGGCGCCGAAGAAUAUGCGCUCGCUUGUGAUGGGCAUCUACUUCUUCACGUCUGCGAUCGCGUACGCUCUGUCCGAGGCGUUCUUGCCCCUCGUCCAGGACCCGAUGCUCAUCUGGAACUACGGCGUCGUCGCCGUCAUCGCCUUCGUCGCCGGUAUCCUCUACUGGCUCUCCGUCCGCAAGCUCGACGCCGCCGAGGACGAGCUGAACAACCUGCCCGAGGGCCACCUCGAGAAGGAGGUCGAGCCCGGCACGGUUGAGAAGCAGCAGUAGACGGAAACCUGUGUUACUACGCACGCGCGGCGUCGUACAUACUAACGAACGAGAUCAUCAUGACGGGCUAUGUUGUACUUGUGGCUGCUGGAGUUGUGCUGCUGGGUCGAUUAUUUACUUAUUGCAAUUGUACAUAGGCUCACGCUGCUAAUGGAACAUGCUGAUACAGA